CUUCUACCAGAACCUUCCGGCUUCCUUCUCCUGAUUGGCUCCUGCAAUGCCGUUGGCCUUCUGAGUGACUUAUUUCAAGAGAAAACGAGGCUUGCUUGAUUGCCCCCUUUCUCACCAGUACAGAGAGCUGUGUUCAGCCUUCUGAUUUCUAUCCAAGAAAGCAUGGAAAGAUUUAAAUGGCUCACCACUGUCGGGCCCAAUAGAGAGGAUCUGACAAAGGUGCUUCUUCUGGCUACAGCAGUUUCUUCCUUGGAAUCUUUUCAAUACGGUUACAACUUCUGGCUGUCGAGCCACACAUUUGUGGGAAUACAUGGCGAUGAUAACACAACACAACAAGAAGACACGGACGUCGAAUCAUCAGAAGGCGUCACAGUCCGAGAGGCUUUUAAACUUGCCUCCGUCCCACUUGGAGGUAUUGUUGGGUCUCUUUUGGCCGGCUCCCUCUUGGAUGUGUGUGGCAGGAGAGGUACGUUGAUGGUCAAUAAUGUUAUAUCCAUCAUCUCUGCUAUACUCAUGGGUACUUCCCAUGCAGUAGAUGUCUACGAAUUCACCGUCAUUUCAAGCUUCUUCUCCGGAAUAUUUACAGGCAUCUGCUCCUUGUCUGUCCCUACCUACGUCGGAGAGAUUUCCCCCAGAAAUGUGAGAGGAGCCAUUAUCACGUUGCCGAUCGUCUUUCUUGGCCUUGGUCAUCUGACUGCUCAGCUCUUUACUCUUCGCGAAUUGGAGUGGACCAAAGAAGACUUGCCAAAAUUGAUGAGCCUCCCUGGGUGUGUGGGUAUCCUGGAAACCUGCCUUCUGCCCUUCUGCCCUGAAAGUCCUAGGUAUCUCAUGAUUCAGAAGAAGAAUGAAAAGAAAGCAAAGGAAGCUUUGAAGAAGUUGAGGGGCAAGGAUGAUGUGGAUGAUGAGAUUGAAGAGAUGCGUCAGGAGGAUGUCGGUGAGAAGUCAGAAAAGAACAUGACUUUAUGUAGACUUCUACGUUUCUCAGCCCUGAGGUGGCAAGUCAUCUCUGUCGUCGUCUUACUGGUGGGCCAACAGCAAUCUGGCAUCAAUGCGGUCUACUAUUAUUCAGAUAAAAUAUUCCUGAAAACAGGGGUGAAAAAUGAGAACAUCCAGUACAUCAAUAUAGCAGCAAACAUAGCUGGCCUCCUCUCACUCUUCGUAUCGAUUUAUAUUGUUGAUUCAUUGGGGCGAAGGAAACUACUACUCUUUGGCUUUGGCAUCAGUAGCUUCUUCUGCAUUCUGUUAACCAUGAGCCUCGAACUUCAGAGCAGUGUCCCAUGGAUGUCUUACGUCAGCACAGUUAGUGCCACCAUCUUCCUUCUGGGUCACACCAUGGGACCAAGCCCGGUUCCCAACAUAAUCACAGUGGAAUUGUUUCUUCAGACAUCCCGGUCGUCAGGCUUUGUGAUUGGGAAACUUGGGCAGUGGCUUUCAAGUUUUCUUACAGCGGUCAUAUUCCUUGUUAUAGAGAAAUUUUUUGGGACUUACAUCUUCCUAAUCUUCUGGCCUAUCUGCACAGCUACACUUGUUUACACCUUCAGGUUUAUCCCAGAAACCAAGCAGAUGACCUUUCUAGAUAUCAGGAGGAUGAUGGAUAAAAGGAGCAAUAUCAAGAGAGAGGAACUCAAGGAGGAGUUUAGGCAGCGUUCUGUAUUGGACUUUGCAAAAAGAAAUGAGCGAAGAACAGCACUGAAACGUUAACAAUGUCCUUCCCCUGUCUUGGCUCUGUUGACACAUUUGUGACAGUAGUUUCUCUUCUGGUCCUAAAGAAUUACCUCCCACCCCACCCCACCCCUGCCUUUUUCCUCUCUAUAGAUUUCUGUACUCUUGUGACCUGGACAUUACCAUAUUAAUUUAUAAAAUGUAUGGCAAAUUACAGAGUUGAAUAUA